CUCUGGCCAGGAGCCGAGUGCGGCGCUGUGCCAAUUGCAAAACCCUCUCUCCCCCAAAGCAGCGUCCUGUGCUGAAGUUUCCAAGGGCUGUAGAUGACAAAUGAGGACUUCCUGUACUGGGAGUCAAGAGGAAGAAUCCCCAUAGGAUGGUGAGCUGACAGUGGGAACCUAUAGGCAAAGUACUGUUUAGGAUGAAUAUGAUUUGGAGAAAUUCCACUUCCUGUCUAAGGCUAAGAAAGGUGCCACACAGAUGCCAAAGUGGGUACCGCCCAGCAGUCCCUCUUGGAUCAAGGAUUUUAACUGACCUCGACAAAGUUUUUGAAUACAACAUGUGGGAUCACAUGCAGUGGUCUAAAGAAGAUGAAGAAGCAGCCAGAAAAAAAGUAAAAGAAAACUCCACUGUGCGGGUCCUUCUGGAAGAGCAAGUUAAGUACGAGAAUGACGCUAGUAAAUAUUGGGACACAUUUUACAAAAUUCAUAAGAAUAAGUUUUUCAAAGAUCGCAAUUGGCUGUUGAGAGAAUUUCCUGAAAUUCUUCCAGUUGAUCAAGAAACUAAAGAGAAGGUGGGAGAAUCAUCAUGGGAUCAUUUAGAAACUAAGACUGCAUAUUGUUCCUCAAGAAUGCACUGCCCUACUAUGCCUGAAGGAAAAUAUCAUUGUAAGAAAUGUUCUGGCCCUUCAGAUGGUCAAAGCAACUUAGACGCUGAACACAGAAAAGGACCUCUGAAGACUGAAUUGUUUCCUGGCAGCAGUGCCACUUUCAGAAUACUAGAGGUUGGCUGCGGAGCUGGAAAUAGUGUUUUUCCAAUUCUGAAUACCUUGCGGAACAUUCCAGAGUCCUUUCUUUAUUGUUGUGAUUUUGCUUCAGGAGCUGUGGAGCUAGUAAAGUCGCACUCGUCCUACAGAGCAGCCCAGUGCUGUGCUUUUGUUCAUGAUAUAUGUGAUGACGGCCUACCCUACCCCUUUCCAGAUGGCAUCCUGGAUGUCAUUCUCCUGGUCUUUGUGCUCUCUUCUAUUCAUCCUGACAGGAUGCAGGGUGUUGUAAACCGACUGUCCAAAUUACUGAAACCUGGGGGAAUGCUGUUAUUUCGGGACUAUGGAAGAUAUGAUAAGACUCAACUUCGUUUUAAAAAGGGGCAUUGUUUAUCUGAAAAUUUUUAUGUUCGAGGAGAUGGUACCAGAGCAUAUUUCUUUACAAAAGGGGAAGUCCAUGAGAUGUUCUGCAAGGCCGGUUUAGAUGAAAAGCAAAAUCUGGUUGAUCAUCGCUUACAAGUUAAUAGGAAAAAACAAGUGAAAAUGCACCGAGUGUGGGUUCAAGGCAAAUUCCAGAAACCAUUGCAGUGGACUCAAAAUAGCUCCAAAUUGGCGUUUUCACUCCUUUUUCAUAAUUGAACUGUGUACCACGUUAACGUGCAAAACCAGAGGACCAUGUUACUCAAAGACUCCUACAAGUCUUUCAUUUCCCUAAAGACAGUAAGAAGGAAAGUAUUCAUGGGUGAGCUCUUUUGUAUAUUUUAAUCACAUGUAAGUGAUUUGGUAGAGUACACCUCUGUCUGUGUUUUGAAAUUUUGAU